AUGGGAAGAAGUGCAAGGCUUUCAUUGAUCCUAACACUCUCCCGCAAUGUCAUGCUCCCAAUCAAACCAAUCGAUCGGACCGGUUGGCUGGAAUGGUUCAUCUCGUUUGGGCCAAGAGGAUUCAGUGGGCAGUACUGUGAACACUUGUUCUCCAUCAGCCUCCCCAGUGCCCAUUCGUACAUUGCCAUUGUUCCACCUAGUCGUGGUGCCCUCGUACCGCGGGGAACAAUUUCCCUGAAGGUCAGCACGCACAGCACAUUCGGGAUUCUGAUUUACUACGCUGACUUGGUCAAAACGGGGAAACACGAGUUGCCUGAACAGUAUUUACUGGUGGAUCUGGAUCUUGGCUAUGUUCGUGUUAUGUUCUCUCUGACGAAGGACCUGCCACUCAUUAGAAAACGCUCUGAAUUUAAGGUAAACGAUGGACAUGCCCACGUUAUUCAGCUCCAUGUGGAACGCAGUAAUCUCACACUGCUUGUUGACCAGUUAGUUCAGAAGGACCUGCAUCCAGCGGACUCCGGUGUGCAUCAAUCCAUUGGUACAACAAUCGGGUUGAAGGAGAACAGAACAACUGCUCGUCAUCUGGCGCUGACCAACCCGUUGUAUUUCGGUGGUGCUCCAGCAGACCGACUGGAAGCAGCUGGACGAAUACUGCGCCAAGACUCCGUCCUGGGAAUGACCGGCUGUAUCCAAGAUGUACAAAUCAAUGAACGACCAAUAGAUCUGGCGCGCUUGUUUGGAGCGCCCGUGGACAAAAUGACCGGCGCCGAAGAGAAUCAUUCCGAAAGACCGGCUGAGGCCAAACAACACGGUACCGCGAUCGGUAUACUACCCGGUUGCUAUACAAAACCGAUCGCUUUAUCUGCAACCGUCAGCAAACUGAACUCGAACAGGGCGGUGGAUGGGUCAGACGCAGUGGAACGUAUUCAGCACACACUGGAAUGUGUAAAUCCAAAAGUUUGCCUCAACGGGGGAACCUGCGUCCGACUGGGUGCUGAUACGACGCAUUACAGAUAACAACCGUGUCAUCGCAAUACCCAACGGUCAUUUAUUCGCGAUCCGCAAACGAAUUGCGUCUCUACUCGCAAACUCACCGUCCGGACAUGUGCCGGAUCGUGUAGUGGCGAUGUCGGAACUGCGAGUCCUGGAGAUGAAGCAUCGUCCAAUCUGAGUGAGUUGCCACACUCUGAAUCGGACACAACUCGUUCACUCUGGCUCCCCGAAUCGAUGCGACGACACCGGCGAUCGGAACAGGAGACCAACACCUGUUGUCAACCCAUUAAAGUCCGACAUCGUCGUGUUCAGUUCCAGUGUACGAAUGGCUCGACUUACGAACGCACUGUUAAACUGGUCAAACGAUGCGGUUGUAUCCAAUGCGUGUGA